GCCUGUUUACUCUCAACCACACCUUUUCCCUUAUUCCCAGACCAAACAGGGACCAAUUUCUCUCUCCAUCAUGCCUAAGAUCACCCAAAUCUUCUUCGACUGCGACAAUACUCUUGUCCUGUCGGAGGAGCUGGCCUUCGAGGCCUGCGCCGACUUGGCCAACGAGAUCCUGGAAUCACAGGGCAUUCCCGAUCGCUACACCGGCGAGCAGCUCAUCAAGGACUUUGUCGGGCAGAACUUCCGCGGCAUGAUGAUCUCGCUGCAGGCCAAGUACAAGUUCGAAUUGGAUCACGAUGAGCUCGAGAGAUAUGUCACCAUGGAGGAGGACAAGGUUAUCGCCAAGCUGGAAGCCAAGGCCCAGCCAUGUGUUGGCGCUUGCGAGGUCCUGCAGAGACUCUACGAGUCCAAAAAGUACGACAUGGCAGUCGUCUCAUCCUCGGCUCUGCGUCGCGUGCGCGCUUCGAUCAAGAAGGUCGACCAGGAAAAGUACUUUGCCCACGACAUGGUUUUCAGUGCUGCUAGCUCGUUGCCGAAACCCACUUCCAAGCCUGACCCGGCUAUCUACCUUCAUGCUCUUGAAUACGUCAAGAAGACUGCCGCCGAAACCGUUGCUGUGGAGGACAGCAAGUCUGGCGCACUCUCCGCCAUUCGCGCCGGCAUUCCCGUCAUUGCCUACGUUGGUAGCUACAGCGGUGACAUGCGGGAGGAGAUGGGAAAGCGCCUGAUGGACCUCGGUGUCAAGAUUGUCAUGAACGAUUGGUCUCAAUUCGACAAGUGCAUGGAAUUUAUCGAGAGCGGAGCUGACAGCGAGAAUCCUCAGUCCAGCCUGUGA